GUGCACCGCUGCUGGCUCUGAAGGGAGCGAUCCGCUCCGCGCACAGCGCACUGCUGCUUGAUAAAGGAGUGGCGGCGGAAGCUCGCGCCGCUCUGAACCCGAAACUGUCGCUGACCUUGGUGCUGAAAUCCAUUCACCUUCUUCUAAAGCUGCUCGACUGUCGCUUUACACCGAACAAGUGACGGUACGAGGCGAGGAAUUGGUUACCUUUUUAAAAAAAUUCUUCUCUUAAUUAACCAUACGUCGUUUUUUUUUUUUUUUUUUUUGGCAAAUCCGAAUUUGUUUUUCAACUCCGUCAAUUUGAAGCGAACGUAAAUUCGUUGACUCAAGUCUGAGAUGGCAUCGCGUGCUCUUAUCGCGCGCAGGGCAGUUUAUGAGUUUAUAAUUAUGAGUAGACAGAGCCAGACCACUUCUGAUAUCUCUCGUGUGUAGGCGGAUUUUUUUUUUUUCUUCGCUCUGUGAACACCGUCGUGAAUUUUCCUCAUCUGUCUAACUGAAUCUCUGAUCCGCUGGGUGUCGGUCCGGUAUGCUCUGUCAUUUCACACUGUGACAUGGUACUUUAACAUUACCGGGAAAACGAGGGAUUAUCACAUUUGGACAUGGAGACUCCGAGGGAGCCUGGUUUUAAGCCCAGCAAAGAGGGGCUGAAGCAGCUAGCGGGGAAGACACUGGGGCACGUGUACAAAGUGUUAGAAAAGCGGCAAAAACCUGGCGAGAAUAUCGAGCUGACCGAGGAUGGACGGCCUACCCAGAUCAAGGACAAAAAGCCACCUCUGUGCGACUGCACGUGCUUUGGACUUCCGCGCCGCUAUAUCAUCGCCAUAAUGAGCGGCCUUGGCUUCUGUAUCUCCUUCGGUAUUCGGUGCAACUUAGGCGUGGCCAUAGUGAGCAUGGUGAACAACAGCACCAUUCACCUGAACGGGAAGAUCAUCAUUAAAGAGAAGGCAAAAUUCAACUGGGACCCAGAAAUAGUUGGAUUGAUUCAUGGCUCAUUUUUCUGGGGUUAUAUUGUGACGCAGAUUCCCGGUGGAUACAUUUGUUCUAGAUUGGCGGCAAACAGGGUUUUUGGCGCAGCCAUUCUCCUCACAUCCACACUGAAUAUGUUCAUCCCCACAGCUGCACGUGCUCACUAUGGUUGCGUCUUAUUCGUUAGGAUAUUACAAGGGCUUGUAGAGGGUGUGACCUACCCAGCCUGUCAUGGGAUCUGGAGUAAGUGGGCUCCUCCACUGGAAAGAAGCCGUCUAGCCACAACCUCCUUCUGUGGUUCCUAUGCUGGAGCUGUCAUUGCAAUGCCUUUAGCUGGGAUCCUGGUGCAGUACACUGGCUGGUCAUCUGUUUUCUAUGUCUAUGGAUGUGUUGGGAUUUUCUGGUAUAUGUUUUGGAUCCUUGUGUCAUAUGAGAGCCCAGCUGAACAUCCCACCAUCACAGCUGAAGAACGCUGCUACAUCGAGGAGAGCAUCGGCGAGAGUGCGAAUCUCAUGGGUGCUGCAGAAAAAUUCAAGACACCUUGGAAGAAGUUUUUCACAUCCAUGCCUGUCUAUGCAAUCAUUGUGGCCAACUUCUGCAGGAGUUGGACCUUCUACUUGCUGCUCAUCAGCCAGCCUGCAUACUUCGAGGAGGUGUUUGGCUUUGAGAUUAGCAAGGUUGGCAUGCUGUCAGCCUUGCCCCAUCUGGUGAUGACCAUUAUCGUACCCAUUGGGGGACAGAUAGCCGAUUUCCUUCGUAGCAAAAACAUCCUGUCUACUACCACAGUUCGGAAGAUCAUGAACUGCGGAGGCUUUGGGAUGGAGGCCACUCUAUUGUUAGUGGUUGGUUACUCGCAUAGUAAAGGAGUGGCCAUUUCGUUUCUUGUGUUGGCUGUCGGCUUCAGUGGAUUUGCAAUAUCAGGUUUCAAUGUCAAUCAUUUAGACAUCGCUCCUCGCUAUGCCAGUAUCCUCAUGGGAAUCUCUAACGGAGUGGGAACUCUGUCAGGAAUGGUGUGCCCUCUUAUUGUGGGAGCCAUGACCAAAAACAAGACCCGAGAAGAGUGGCAGUAUGUGUUUCUUAUCGCUGCCAUGGUGCAUUAUGGCGGUGUAAUCUUCUAUGGCAUCUUCGCCUCGGGGGAGAAGCAGCCGUGGGCAGAUCCAGAACAGACCAGUGAAGAAAAGUGUGGCUUCAUUGAUGAAGAUGAGCUGGCUGAGGAAACUGGAGACAUCACCCACAGCCACGGUGCUCUGGGAGGUCCAGCCAAGACCUACGGUGCCACUACACAGUUGAACGGCGGAUGGGCAGAAGGAUGGGAUAAACGAGAGGAAUAUGUACAGGAAGGUGUGGAGGAAGGGGGCUACAGACACAGGCAGGGUGGGGAUUACUCCUAGACCUCACACACACACACACACACACACACACACAAACACACACACAAUGCAUACAGCCCUACAGCAGCAUACGGUGGAACAAAAAAGUAUUUGGAUAGACUUGGACACAAGUCACAACUAAAAGUGUAUAAAUUCCAUUGCAUCAUCAAAUAAGAAAAUUUAAGUGUAAUCUGCAAAAAUUAAAAUGCAAUUUGUCUUUCUUUGCUUUAAAUAAGUGGAUGUAUGAAGUGUCAUCAUUUUGAAAUGAUAUAUUAUUUAUUAGAUAUAUCAAUAUAUAACUGAAUAUAACAAACCUGUUGUUAUCUAAUCUAAUGCAAUGACAUUUCUACAUUUUUAAGUGUAACUUAAAUGUCCAGAUACUUUUUGGAGCCACUGUACAAACAGUACAGGAUUAAAAAAAAAAAAAAAAAUAUGCCAACACUGUAGAUUUUGUAGUGUCUGUGAGUUUUGAAAAAAAUAUUAUCGGUGAACAUAGAAAAAUAACCUAUAAAUUGUUGUAUGUUUGCACAAAUUUAAAUGAUCAAAUCCUACAUUUACAUAUUAAUUUAAAUGAGUCAAUUAUUCAAAGGAGAUGGCACAUAUCAAAAAUUGGCAGACUGUACAUUUUCUAUGUAUUAAAACAGAGUAACUUUAUUUCAAGUGCAAUCAUGUGUAAUAUUCUGAAACCGAGUUUUUCCACUCCAUUAUUCUGAGCCUUUUCAGCAUAAAGAAGCCUGUAGAGUUAGUCAGGAAACUGGCUUCCAGAAGCGAGGCUCUAGAGUCAUUCGUGGAGAAAUACUGCUGUAGAGAAUUCCAGCCAAGCAACUGGUUUCCACUUUUUUUUCUGAUUGCACUGAGAGAGCUGUGCAAUGUAAUUUAACAGCACAACCUCAUGAUGCGUUACUCGUCCAUCAUUUGUCAUGUUUUUUGAGAGAUUAAAGAGGACAUUUGUCUAUGACACGGCAGAGGACAAAAAGCACAGUUUUUUAGAUAAAAGCAACAAAAGUGUUUCUCAAGCUCAGCAAUUAUUUCAAUCGUAUCCGUAAAUAUAAAUAUAUUUUUGGACGGUGCUGUUCAAUUUGGUGUUUGGUGUAAUAGAUGAAGCUUGGGAAGGGGUUUGAUUUUAGAUAAUUGGGAUUGCAAGAGCUACAAAAAGCAAAAGCACAGUGUGUCAAGGCUACGAACUCUUUAAUUUCCAUGCAAUUGUUUUAACUCCAUGCCAUUUUGACAUCUGUGAAUGUUGGUUAUGCAUGGGUCAGAACUGUUUUUGUCUUUACAAAUGUUUUUUUAAUUGUAUUUUACACAUUUUUGUUACAUAUGAUUUACACAAGAUUACUAAUCUGUUACAUAUGUGUCAAUUUCUUUGCACAAUUAACCAAAGGUAACAUGUAGUGAGAUAUUUGAGCUGGGAUGGAGGGGGAUGGGAGAGUUUCCAUCAAGUAAAGAAGGAAGAACCUGUGAAAAGGGCUUGCAUAGUCCUAGCAGAAGGUAAUAACCAUAUUCAAUGUACAAAGCAAUAAAUCUAUGGUAACAGUUACUUAUUAGCAGUCACUCAUUAAAAAAUAUGUAACACAUUAGCACAUUUAACUGUAAUCAUUUUGGUUUUAAGUGUUUUUGUGAUGACAAUUAAAAAAAAGAAAAAAUAUUAAAUAACUACUUACUGUUAAAUAUAUAUAUAUACAUAUGAAAAUAUAUUUAGAUUUAGCAAGAGUCCAGUGCAACUCUCUUUACUGUGAAGAGUUUAUGUGCUGGACCCACUCACCAGAAGAGAAUGAUUCUUAAGUGCCACCUGCAGCUGGUUCCUGUGUAAACUCUUACUGGGGUCCUCAGCUCCGCAGGUGGCCGCACCUCUGUAGUCGUCCUGUAUGGUUGCCAGUGGUUGCUUUUUGAGAGUAUGUUAUUGUCGGGUAUCCUUUACGUAUCUUUUUGUCCUUCCCCUUUGUUUCUGGUCUGUGUAUUGUCUGUGGUUAGAGAAGCGCUCCCUUGUCUCCCUCUUCCCUCUUUCCUCCUUGCAUUUUCCCACUACUGUUUCAAUAUUCAGUGACACAAGGAUCGUGUAUAAAGGUAUUCAAAAAUCUUCAAAAAUGACAGUAAUUUGCCUGAUGAUGUUGAAGUACCUUAUUCUUGUUUUCUGCUUAAGAGUGAAGUGUGAAUAUAUGGCUUCUGUGUUACUGUAAAUGGAGAGGUAUGUUGAUGUGAAAUUGAAAUGCUCUAUAUAGCCUUUUUAUAUAUAAAAGUAUAACAAACUUUA